AAGAUCUGGGGCUUGCCCGCAUCCAUGAAACAGAGAGCAAUGAAGCCCUCAGUCUAUUUUCAGUCUGGUUCUUGCCCAGCCUUAGUGUUCCUGGGAAGCUCUGGAAUAUGCUCCAAGGGGCUGAAGUUGUGUGUGGCUCUGGAACUUCUACUGCUUCUUCAUUGUUUCUUGGAGACCGGCGUUCAAGGUCAUCCAGACUAUCUGCUGUCUGCGGUCUCUGGCAGCAAUGUGCAUCUUCAAAUCUCGAAACUGUCUGACAACAACUACCUAAGGCUCACCUUGUUUUACAAUCGCAACCAGAAGAUUUUAGAAUGGGAGUCCAACGAGCCUAAUCCCUACUACUUCAAAACUGCAAGUAAGGACAAAGUCACACUUGAUCGUCAAAAUGGCAUACUUGACAUCUAUAAUGUCCAGAAAGAAGAUGCAAGCACCUACCUCCUGAAGGUGAUGAUAGAGAGUGGGAAUGAAGAGGUAUGGAAUAUCCAACUGAAAGUGUAUGAUCCUGUACCCAAGCCUGUCAUAAAAAUUGAGAAAACACAGCAAGUGAACAACAGCUGUUUUCUGAUCCUGUCAUGUGUGAUCCCAGAUAAGUCUGUCAACUACACCUGGUAUAAGGAGUCAGGGCCCUUUCCAAAAGAGCUCCAGAGUGAUGUGCUUGAGAUCUCCAUUGAGCCAGAAGACUACUCCAAGUUUUACACAUGCCAAGUCAGCAACCCUGUGAGCAGUAACAAUGACACAGUCUACUUUACUUCAGCCUGUACACCUGCCCAAUCUUCUGGAGUAGCUUGGAUUGCAGCAUGGCUAGUGGUCAUAGUACCCACCAUUCUUGGCCUCCUAUUGACGUGAGACAAGCUCUCCUAAUUCAAGCAUGAAAGUCGAAGACUGCAAGGUCUUGCCUUCAUCAGGAAAUAUGCGCUUAACCUGGACAGAAGCUCUGGCUCUAUGAGAUAAAGUAUGCUGAAGCAUGUAUAAAGACUUUCAAAUUAACUUUUAAAAGUCAUGGUUACAGUAUGGUGAUUAUCAGAGAAAAAGGGGGGUAGGGGAAAGAGAAGAGGGUAAAGGGAGAUAAGUGAGAGACUUGACUUGGGGUCGUGAACAUACAUUACAAUAUACGGAGAUGUAUUACUGAAUCGUACACUUGAAACCUAUAUAAUUUUAUUAACUGUCACCCCAAUAAGUUCAAUUAAAAAUAAAAAAUAAAAGAGAAAAAAAAGUUGAAUUUCACAGUUCAGGUUUGCCGACUUUCCAUAAUUGAAGGUUGAAGUGGUGUAUUUAUAUCUGUGGAUUAAGGAAUAAAUUAUUAACAGUUCAUGGGCAAUGUAGCCAUGUAGGCUAUUUAGACAAAUAUUGGGUGGGAAUAGUCUCUUUUUUCAGAUAUGAAGGAUUUCAUUUAUGACAUGCCAUCCUAAAUCUCAAUUUAAAAUAAUUAAUAAAAAUUAAAGCACUUUGCAAAAAUAAAACUGCUAAGCAUGAAAAUAAAAAUAAAAAUCAUGGCUAACAUGUUAUUUUAGUCCCCAUAAUUGUUUUCCA